AUGGAGAAGCUCGAUGCGACCCGGCAACCUCAAGAUCUUGAAUCAGCGGCUCCGCAAAAUGUAAAUUCGAAUGCGGUGGGACCGACAGAUGGUGGACGGGAUGCCUGGAUGACCAUCGCAGGAUGUUUCAUGGUCCAGUUCUGUACCAUCGGAUACUCCAAUGCGUUCGGAGUCUAUCAAGACAUCUAUACACGAGACUUCCUAUCGAACAAAAGCCCAUCCGAUAUUAGCUGGAUAGGAAGUUUCCAAUAUUUCAUGCAAUAUGCACCGGGGAUAUUUGUCGGACUUGCGUUCGAUGCAGGCUAUUUUCGACACAUGAUGGCUUUAGGCUCGUUCCUGGAGGUUUUUUCGAUUUUCAUGCUGUCACUAGUACGUAAAGGGCAGUAUUACCAGGUUUUCCUCGCACAAGCAAUCGGAAUCGGACUUGGGCAAGCUCUGCUUUUCAUCCCCUCGCUGACCGUCAUCUCUCAACACUUUAAAAAACGACGUUCCUUCGCCACAGGCGUUGCCGUCACGGGUGCAUCUGUUGGUGGUAUCGUUUGGCCGAUCCUUCUCAACCAACUAGACCAAAAGGCGACAUUUGGUAAUGCAAACCGCGCUGCAGGGGCUGUUGCGGGUGUGCUGUUGCUUUGUGCUAAUAUGCUGAUGAAGCCUCUGCCUGUCGAGAGAAAAGCCAUGGCUAAUGUCCAAAUCGGGGUGAAAAGUGUCUUUCAGGAUAUAGCAUAUAUGGUAUCUAUAGGCGCUGCUUGUUUGGUGUCUCUGGGUCUUUUCUUCCCCUAUUUUUACCUACAGCUGUAUGCUGUUAGUCAAGGCGUCGCUCCUCGCCUCGCUUUCUACACUCUUGCAAUACUCAAUGCCGGAAGUAUAUUGGGCAGGCUGGUGCCCAACUUUUUUGCGGAUCGAUUGGGUCCCUACAACAUGAUUAUUCCGUGCCUGUUCUUAACCGCCAUGCUACUCUUUGUGGUGCUGGGAGUGCACUCCUUCGCGGGAAUAGUGCUAUUUGGUUUUUUUUAUGGGUGUACCUCUGGCUCUUACAUUUCCCUCAUCCCGUCGAUUAUCGGACAGCUUAGUCGACAUUCCGGACAGCCGGGACUUCGUAUGGGGUUUGCGUUCACGAGUGUGGGAUUUUGGAUUCUAAUAGGGACACCGAUUGAAGGAGCCUUACUACAUCCACCUGGCUCAAAUGGCCCGUUGGCGUGGUCUCCGUGCAUCAUCUUCAGCGCUAUUGCCGUAGCAUGCGGCGCUCUUGGCAUGGUUAUCUCCCGUAUGAUAUUCGUGGGACAAGGGAGAAAUGGCGGACUUGGGCAGCUCAUCUAG